GGGCACUCAACGCAAACGCUCCACUUGGCUUCCGUCGCGUCUCGUAUCUGGCCACUCGGAUACGCACGCUGGCCUGGUACGGAAUGUAGCUGCAAUCAUCCACCUCAAUACUCAAAUUCUUAUCCUCCCGUUGGCUGCAUCCCGGCCUGGACACGCGGCCGCAUCCGGGCAUGUUCUCGACCAUGAGCCUAUUCUUUCGCCCUUUUGGCAUCCGAUCCCGCAUCCCGCACAUGCUUGGCUGCCCUUCCCGAGUACCACCAGCCGCGAUAAUCAUGCCGUGUACGACUGUAUAGAUGCUACCAGUAUACUCUCCCACCCUCCUUCCACCGACGCACGCUCAUUGCGCGCGCCAUCAUGCUGCUCCGUUCAGCGCGAAAGAUUCCGCCGUCCUUCGUCCUGCUCCUCGUCUUCCUCGUCUUCUUGGGAUGGCAACUCAGUCAGGGUCCGAGCCAUGAGGAACUUCCUCCGCCCCCACCCCCAGAUGUGCCUGCGCCCCCGCCAGUCGAGGCAGAACAGAAGCCCCACGAGGAAGAGAAGAAGCCCUUGCGAAUCGCCGUCGUGACAUUCGUGACGGACCAAAGAUCCUAUCUCCACCUCUCGCUCAAGAACAAAGACCACUACUCGCGACGCCACGGCUAUGACUUCAUCACUGACUUCGAAGCCCACUCUGAACGGGGGCCUGUCUACUGGAAGUUCGACAUGGUGGAGAGACUGGUCAAAACUGGCAAAUACGACUGGAUAUGGUGGCUGGACUUUGACACCCUCAUCACAGACACCGGUGUCAGAGUCGCCGACAUCAUCACCGACGAACUAGAAAAGGCUGAAAAUCCGGACCAGGUCGACUACAUACUCACGCACGACUGCAACGGCUUGAACUUGGGAUCCUUUGCCGUUCGCGGACAUGAACGCUCUCUCGAAUUCCUUCGCCGCGCACUCGAAUUACGUGAUGAAGCUAAGAACGGCGACGAGCACAAAAUUUACAGCGAGCAGGACGCCAUGGUCGAGCUGCUCAAGGAGGAUCCAUACUCGGGCAGACAUGUUGUGGCGCCCCAGUCGAAGCUGAACGCCUUUCCAAAGGAUAUACCGUGUUUUGAAAACGAAGAUGGCGAAUGGAAGCCAGGCAAAUUCCUCCUGCAUUUUGCGGGUGCAUGGGCGCAUGUCAAGGGCGAGGAUCCUACGGGUCAGCUCAUGAAGAAGUAUGAAGGCAACAUCAUUUGGGGCGACUGGAAAGAGUUUUAUUGAGGGUGCCUUUUCCAAACGAGUUCGGGUAUGUUGGCGUUCGGGCAUGUACACGAUAUCCAGGGUUGUUAUUCUCACAAUAGAUAUUCUAACAUGACUGUCGGUACAGACGCGUGGUGCUCAUGUAAGCUGGCCCUAAAGCUUUUUGGGACGUCCAUGUGAGCAGGCAAAAGAGGAGAGAACAAUACAGUCUCAUGGUCGUGUCUUGAAAAGAACAAAAGCCAUGUGGUCUUUGAUUUCGGAUUUUGGCCGGUAAAAUAAUGGUGCGUGAGUGUGGUAGUGAAGCACAAUGCAUGGAAUUCACAUUUAUAUCGACA